GCCGCCCCAUCAUGAACAUCAGUCACCAUGACGCUGUUCUCUCUCUUCUUCUUUCUCUCUGUGUCUUUUGGGGAGAUUUACUAAUCUCUUUCCCUCUGGUAUGCCAUCUGAUGGAUUUCUCCGAAAGGUUCAUGAUAGAUCUAGUGACCUGCAAGGCGUGGUUGGAUCUAUCAGGAGUGAGUCCCAGUCUAAGAACCAACCACGUAUUUUCUCAACGGUCGCAUGUGGACGGACAAUCGGUUAAGACAGUGGAGUAUUCUUCAGAAAAGAAAGAUCGAGAAGAAUUGACAGAAUGCAGAAUGCAGAAUGACAGAUGCCUGGAUGUUUGAAGUCAUCCCUGGAUACCAGAUCCCACAGUGGGCCAUGGAGAGAAUGACAUGCAUGACAGCCUGACAGGGACUGCAGGAUGGAGACAUCAGUCGAGGGAAUGCUUGAUAUGUAUAUCUUCUAUCCAUCUACUAGAUU